AACGCACUGGCGGCACUUGUCACAGCCUCGCCGCAUUCCAUCUCCGUUACCCAUUCGCUCAUCCUAUAUCAACACCAACCCCAACACCGUACAAGCCAACAGUCGAAAGAGAGCAGUGCAUCUGCAUCCAACUGCGUGUAUUCAGUCCUUUCGAUUUUCAUCUUCUGUACAAUACCCAUAUCAUUCUCUUCGCUCUCUCGACUGGCCACCCGCCACCAUUCACUGAUCGUGCUCCCCAUUACGUCGUUCGCCGCCCACCGUCGAUCCCGAUACCACAGCAUCUCGUCGGCAAUUCUCAGCAACCAUGGCCGCCAGUAGAGCCGCACAGAAGAGGUUGACGCGCGAGUACAAGACCAUCGCUGAAAACCCUCCACCAUACAUCGAGGCACACCCCUCUGAAUCCAACAUUCUCGAAUGGCACUAUAUCAUCACCGGUCCCGAAAACACACCAUACCAUGGUGGCCAGUACUGGGGAACUCUGGUCUUCCCCCCGAAUUACCCUUUCGCGCCCCCAGCUAUCCGAAUGCACACUCCUUCCGGUCGCUUUCAGCCAUCUACGCGCCUCUGCCUCUCCAUCUCCGACUUCCAUCCCAAGUCCUUCAACCCUGCUUGGGAAGUGUCAACCAUUCUGAUAGGCUUGCUUUCCUUCAUGACCAGCGAGGAAAUGACGACUGGUUCCGUAUCCAGCACAGAAGUCGAAAGAAAGAUGUUGGCAGCACGAACAAAGUGGUGGAACUCAACGGGCGGAGGAUCCCACGCAAAAUCGAAUGUGGCAACAAAGGGCAACGUCAAGGCCGGCGACGGCGGCGCAAAGUUCCGAGCCGAAUGGCCCGAAGUCGACAAGGCCAACUGGGAGUGGAUAAAGGAGACCAAGAUUGACCUGGCGACAGGUAACAGGACGGGAGCGGCAGCAGGGGCCUCCUGCGGGCCCCAACUUGGCAUCGGGAACGGAAGUGGCCACCAAGCCCAGGCUGUUGUCGAUGCUGUUGUGCAACAACGAGAUGCCGGCCGGGGCUGGCUGAAUCAGAACAAGCUGCUCGUCGCCGGCGGUGUCGUAUUCUUCUACGUACUGCUUGCGAGGGUCUUGGGUGCGAGCGACAACUAAAGCGGCUUCAAAUGCGUACGGUUUCUGGCUGGAUGGUGCCGUUGCGUCUCGAGAAACGAGUCAGAUCGUGUGCAAAGGGACAAUGGGGCUAAGCAUGGCGUUAAGUUUUGGGCUUUCUGAUGACGGACCAGAGUGAUAUACAUACUGCACAACAGUCUUACUAAUAGAUGGGACUUGGACGGCCGACUAUAGGUUGGUAAAACUUGAACGACCAAUGUAUUCUAGAUUUGACCAAAGGAUGGGCUUUUGAAGCAAAAUUCGAACAAACCUUCGCUUCUAG